GCCUGGUGGUGCCUUUGCAGGAAGCCCCCCGCCAUGGACCCGGAGUGCUCCCGGCUGCUCCCGGCCCUCUGCGCCCUCCUGGCGGACCCUCGGCAGCCCGUGGCCGACGACACCUGUCUGGAGAAGCUGCUGGACUGGUUUAAGGCGGAGACGGAGGCAGGGUCCAGUGUUCUGUUGCUGCAGGACCACCCUUGCCUGCUGGAGCUGCUGCUGCAGGUGGCGCGCGACCCGGGCCUCAGCGACAGGGUCGUGUCCUUUGUGCUGCGCCUGGCAGGGCUCCUGGCAGCCGAAGAGAGUGGCUUCCGGUGUCUGCAGCAGGGCGACCUACUGAUCCAGCUCUUUGGGGAGGGGUGCGCCCCCUCUCGAGCCUCCUGGGCGGCCCCCAGCGUGCGCAGUGGCUGGGUCCAGGGACUGCGCUCCCUCGCGCGGCACCCCUCUGCCCUGGACUUUCUGGAUGUCCUUGGUGCUGUGGAGACCAUCUUCUCCCUGCAGGGAGACCCCAGCCUGUUUGUGGCCUCGGCCGCUGAGCAGCUCCUUGCCCAGCUCCUGGCUCUGUCUCUGCGCGGCUCGCAGUCCUCCGAGUGGCCGCCCCGUGCCCUGCAGAUUGUGGCCCACCUGGAGGAGUCCCUGCGCUCCUCAGCCACCGAGCGGGUCACGCAAGCCUUGCACGUGCUGACCACCACGUUUGGCAACAGUCACGAGCCCUGGACACAGGCCCUGUGGGCACAGCUGAGUCCCCUGGUUGCCAGUCUGCUAGAGGAGGACCCCAUCCCAGCCGCUCACGCACUCGUGGACCUGCUCCUCAGCGUGGCCCGCUCCCCUGCGUGCAGUUCCGAUGUUGGCCUGUGGGAGGUGCUGGCGCAGACUCUGAACUGCCUGAGCCCCACACACGCAGGGCCUCUGGCCUUGGGGGUCUUGAAACUGCAGGAAUGCCCACAGGCCCUGAAGGUGCAGGCCUUCGGCGUCCUCCUCCAACCGCUGGCCUGUGUUCUUGAAGCUGCAGCGGACACCCCUGGACUUGAGGGCUUGCCGGCGGGGGCGGUGGGGGACUCGGCGACGGUGGCCACUCUCCUGUCCUCCAAGGCGGCCUGUGCGGGGUUGCUGUGCCGGACGCUGGCCCACGUGGAGCUGCUGCAGCCCCUGCCCCAGCGCCCUGAGCCCUGGCCGCAGGCUGCGCUGCUGGCCGCCACCCUGACGGUUCUACGCCUCUGUGAUGGUUCGGCCGAGCCUGUGUCUGACAUGAAAGGCCGGCUGGGCACCCUGCUGGUGGGCUGCGUGCGGGUGCAGCGGGCAGCCCUGGAUUUCCUGGGCACGCUGGCUCUGGGCACAGGUCCCCCGGAGCUGGUGGCACGAGUGUUUGCUGUGCUCCUGGAGUACCUGCAGAGCCCAGACUGCAGCCCUACGGUUCUGAAGAAGACCUUCCAGGCUGCGCUGGACUGGCUGGCCGGCGCCCCCGAGAUGGCCAGCUGCCAUGACCUGGACCCUCCCGCUCAGCUCUUUCUUGGAGGACUCCUCCGGGCACUGCAGAAACGCCUGCUCAGCCCGAGCUGGGAGGUGCGUGACUCUGGCCUGGAGUUUCUGAGCCAGGCCGCCCGGCGCCUGGGAGGACAGGCCAGCUUCACACAGGUGCUCCUGGUAUCAGAGAUCCCUGCGCUCGCCCACCAGCUCCUGCAAGACCCUGAGAGCUAUGUCCGAGCCAGUGCAGUGACAGCCCUGGGGCAGCUGUCCAGCAGGGGGCUCUACGGCGCCCCGGGGGGCCAGCAGGGCCUGCUGGAGGACCUACUGCAUGUUCUCACUACCGAUGUGGACGGCUUCCCGCGCCGGGCGGCCAUGCAGGUGCUCACACAGUGGGCGCGGGAUAGCCACGCCGCCAGGGUCGAUCCCCCGGAGCCCCUGGUGGCCAGAGCGCUGCGGGCAGCCGGCCAGGAUGUGGACUGGGAGGUGCGGGCGCAGGGCCUGGAGCUGGCACAGGUGCUUGUGUCGCAGACCUUGGGUGCACCCAGCCCUCCCUGCCCCUACGCCCCUCUGCCCCUGCCAGUGACCGCCCCGCAGCUAUCCCCCGCCCAGGCCCUUGAGACCCUCUGCCGCAUGCACGUCUUCCACUUUGCCUUUCGUGCCUUGUUGGACUGUGACCGGCCCGUCGCCCGCAAGUCCUGUGCCCUCCUCCUUUUCCUGAAGGCCCGCACCGCCCCCCCGGCCCUGGGCCCAGAGGCUGGAGACAGCCCGGAGCCCACCGCCCUGGAGGCCGCUCUGCAGGGGUGGCAGGCGGGCGAGCAGGACCCACUGCAGGAGGACCUGGGGCCCAAGGCAGCACUGGCCGCGCUGCGGGCACUGGACCUGGACAGGCUGCAGGACACGCUGGCCGCAAGCAGCGACCACACAGAGAGGAGUGCUCGGUCCCUGCUGCAGGACAUGCUGGCCUCGGCAGGCACGUGGGGCGAGAAUGAGGCUGACUGCUACUGACUUUCCCCCCACCUGCCCCUUCCG